AAACCUAACCGACCAACUAAAAAACGAAACGAAAGCACUACGUGUCAAUUUACAUCAUUAAGCAAAGGGAACAAAAGUGAAGCUCGCUACAUUUUCUCUUCUCAUUCACUUUUGGUUGGUGAAGAAAAGAUUUUGUGUAAGAUUUUUUUUUCUUAAAGUUAAAAAGGCAAUCAACCAUAUCUCAUAGGUAUUGGUUUGUUUUCAUAUGCUAAGAGUUCUAUUUUUCAGUAAGAAAAUACAAAUAGGUCAAAGUGUGUUACAAUUUGAUGUUUAUGUCCCUCAUUUUAUUCCCUUUGAUCACUCUUAGUUAUAUCCAUUUUGUGAAGGUAAGCAACUCUGAAUUACUCUAUGUGCUUUUGCUGUUUCAAGAGAUUAAUCUCAAUACACUUAGAAAAGAAAUUUAGGGCUAAUUUAUUAUUGAUAACAAUGGCAUUGAGUAGGUGGGAGUUGACAUGAGGAUGGGUGGCCAUGUUGUAGUUGACACAUGAAAGGAACAGAAAGUGUAAACCCAGGAAAAUUUCAGUGGUAGAUGUUGGUUCCCUCAGAUUCAAGGAACUAUUUCUUCAAAUUUGUACUAUCUGUUGUUGUCUUUGUUUUCUUCUUUCCUUUUUUUUUUUUUUCUUUUUUUGAUGACCCCAUUUCCCUUGUCUCUGUUUGGUAGAGAGAGACAAGGCACUGAUUUUGGCAAUUAUUUGGAUUUGGUUUCUUGAAUCAUCUAUUGCCUUCUGUUUCAGGAAUUAUUCAAAGGAUUGGUGGGGGGUAGAGAAAUAGAAGGUUUUGGAAAACCACCUGUGUCCUGUUCACCGAUUGGGAUUAAAAAUAUACAAGAGUCCUAAACAGGUGAAAUAAGAAAGGAUCUAGAAGGCUAUUUUACAAUAUAGCUUCACUGUUUGAAAUUCCAAUAUAAACUUUGAUUUUGAAAUUUUGAUGUCUGAAAUGUGUUUUGUUACAGUUAUUGAGAGAUUGGUUCUAUGACCUUCUAAUUUCUUGCCUUAGGAGUCUUGUUGUUUAUAUGCCUAUUGAGCUUGAGACUUGAGGGAGGUUAGCAUUUAUAGGAUUCUAGAGGAUAAGGCUAUUUUCUACAAAGGAAACUAAAACCUAUGGAGGAAAUAACUUCAACGGUUGCAGUGCCAUUCACCCUAGGGAAUUUGAUCCAGAAUGAAUCAGCAGUGAAGACCCACAUGGAGAUUACUGGUUUAAAGCUUAUGGCAAAUACAGCAUCAGCUUUAAUAUUAAAUCCUGCAACUGAGGGUUGCCAAUCUUUUUCUGUUGAAAGUGAAAAUCACACAGAUAUUAGUCCACAACCCCAAAUUACAGUGUCUACAGAGGGAAAGGUGAAUCAGGUUGGUGUUGACCUUGUCUCAGAAAUGGUUAGUCAGGGAGACAAUAACUGUUUCGUGACUCAAAGUCAAAAGAAGGCAAAAAAAGAAGAUGAGCCCAUGAUUGCUAAGGAUUUUCAGUGUAUGCAUCUCUCUCAAUCUGCUACAAGUGACAAAAGUAGUCCUUGUAAGGAGGAAUCUUCAAUUUUGAGGACUAAUUGUUAUGAAGUAAAGCCACCAAACAUGAACAUCAUCCAUGAUACGUCCACUUUGAAGCUAGAGCCAAGGCAGAACAUGGCUUCUGUUGCUAUGGAACUUGAGAGUGAAGAUGGAAGUGGAUCAGAUGGCUGUGAUCCAAAACCAUUUGCUGCCUUUCAUGAGAAGCCAGGGAAACAAACAUGCUUGGAAUUGAGUGGUACUCCUCCUCCUCCUACUACUCCUACUACCCCAUUUUGGGGUUUCUCAUCAGUUUGUGGAAGGAGAGAGGAGAUGGAAGAUGCUAUUGCUAUUAAGCCACACUUUUUUCAAGUUCCUUCAUGGUUGGUAAUGGAUUACCAUGUGAGUGAAAACACAAAAUACUCACCAGCCCACUUUUUUGGUGUCUAUGAUGGACAUGGGGGCUGUCAGGUUGCCAAUUACUGCCGGGAACAUCUUCAUUCAGUGUUGGUUGAUGAGAUAGAAGCUGCACAACCAAGUUUGGAUGAAAAGAAUGGGAGGGACAACUGGGAGGAUCAAUGGAAGAAAGCAUUCUCCAAUUGCUUUCAUAAAGUAGAUGAUGAGGUUGGAGGAGUUGGUGCAGAUAACGGCGCAAGUGUUGAAUCUCUUGCUCCUGAGACUGCUGGCUCCACUGCUGUGGUUGCCAUUUUGAGUCAAACACACAUAACUGUAGCAAAUUGUGGAGAUUCAAGAGCAGUCUUGUGUCGUGGAAAAGAAGCACUACCAUUGUCUAAUGACCACAAACCAAAUAGAGAGGAUGAGUUGGAAAGGAUAGAAGCUGCAGGAGGAAGGGUCAUACAAUGGAAUGGUUACAGAGUUCUAGGUGUUUUGGCAGUGUCAAGGUCCAUAGGAGAUAGGUACUUGAAGCCAUGGAUAAUUGCAGAACCAGAAGUGAAGUGUGUUCAUCGAGACAAAAACGAUGAGUGCCUUAUUCUAGCCAGUGAUGGUUUAUGGGAUGUCAUGACAAAUGAAGAAGCCUGUGACAUUGCUCGAAAGCGAAUCCUUCUUUGGCAUAAGAAAAAUGCCAACAAUGUUUCCACAGAACAAUACCAUGAUGGAGUUGAUCCUGCAGCUCACUAUGCUGCAGAGUCUCUAUCUAGACUUGCCCUCCAAAGGGGAAGCAGAGAUAACAUCUCUGUCAUUGUUAUAGACUUGAAGAAGGCCCAAAGAAAAUUUAAGAGAAAAGAGUAAAUUAGAUACCCUUCAUAUGGAAUAUUUAUAGGAUAUAGAUUAACCUCUCAACAUGUAUUUAUAGGAGAAGAAAAUAAAAGGGUUAAUUUAAUUUAAUUUCUUUCAUAAAUUAGAAUUACUUAUAUACAUCAAAUUUUAGAGAAGUUAAAUGAAAAUAUUUUUAAAAAAAAUUGAUGUUUAUAAGUUAAUUUUAACUUAUGGAAAAUUUUUAAUUAAUUUUAUCUUUUAAUUUUUUUCUUUAGAAAUACCUAAUGAGAAGUCCCAUAUCAUAUUCAUUAGCCCUUCAGUUUUUCACUAGGGCUAAGUUAUGUAUACUAAAAUUUGUAGUGUGCAGUGUUACCUCAGCUUAAGAUGAGGUAUCACUGUGACUGCUGCCCACCUCAAAAAUUUAAUUAUUUUUUAAUGAAUAAUGAUAUAAAAUUUCCAAUAUUGAAUUAUGAUAUUUUUU